AUGUAUUCUGCCACUACCAUCUCCCAAGCGAUCGGCUCGACCAUGUCCUUUAUCGGUGAUUCAUCCGUAGAAAGUCUGCGGCCAUCAGCUUCGCCACAUCCACACUCGAUUUAUUACCACGGAGCGUCACCACCAAAUUCAACUAAGGGUCACGAUAAUGAAGAUAACGGAGAGUGCAAGCUCCUUGGAUCCUUCUCUAUUUUCAUACAGGUUGCCCUAGGAGCGCUGGCACUUCUCUCCUUGGUAUUUAAACGUUGGAGAGAACGACCCCAGCGGCCAGUCAAGGUGUGGGCAUUUGAUGUCUCAAAGCAGGUCUUUGGAUCGGCCAUGCUCCACCUGGCGAAUCUUCUCAUUUCCAUGAUCUCGGCUGGUCAGUUGGAGGCUAUUGGGAAAGGUGACAAACCAAACCCUUGUUCUUUCUACUUACUGAACCUUGGUAUCGAUACCACUCUUGGAAUCCCCAUUCUAAUCGUUGCUCUCCGUAUUCUGAAAUACCUGGCUUCCUACACCCCUCUCGCAAAUCCCCCCGAGUCGAUUGAAUCCGGAAACUAUGGUCAUCCACCGAAGGCAUUAUGGUGGUUCAAGCAGGCUAUCAUCUACUUUUUAGCACUACUAAUCAUGAAGGCCUGCGUGUUCAUUCUUAUCCAAUUAUUUCCCUUCAUCGUUAACGUUGGCGACUGGGCUCUCAAAUGGACAGAGGGAAACACGGCCCUCCAGAUAAUUUUCGUGAUGCUGCUGUUCCCAGUUGCCAUGAACGCCAUUCAGUACUAUAUCAUCGAUAUCUUCAUCAAGAAGCCUAUCUCUCAGGACAUUUACAAUGAACCCCACGACUCAGCCACAGAUGACGAUUCUCAUCGGCAAGCUCUUCUCAAUGGAUUGGAUGGAGCAUACUCUGAUUCUGAUGUUGAUGAUGUAUUGCCCGCGAAAACACCCAGCCCACUGUCUGAGCCUUUGGACGUAUCAAAGCCUCAACCAAAACCCGACGGUUCCCUAGCGGAGGAUCAAUCUACGCUUCCGCCGUAUGAACCACGAAGCUCUGGUAGCAGUAGUCGCGACCAGAAGUGA